AUGAACAUGAAUCUCGCCCUGGACGAUUUAGAAAAAGACAUCGCACUACUCCAAGGGCUCAUUUUAAGAGACACGCCGAAGCAGCAAAAACAACAAAAACCUCAACCGAAAAAGACCUUUCCCCAGGUUGAAAACAUAGAAGACAACCUCGCCAUUGCUAUCAAACAAGCCGAAGUGGACAAAAUCGAGCUGGAAAUCCUCCGAAACGAGCUUGAGCAACAAGAACUGCUGGAAACUGCGAAUUCCAGACAUGAUCGACUCGUCCAGAGCAUGAUGAAUCAAGUUCAGCAUCUCGACGAAGAUUUCGUCCUAGACAUUCUCAAACUCUUAGAAAAACCUCUUUCACACGGAGCCCAAACCCGCAUCACCAAAAAGCUUCAAGAAAUCGCCCGCGAAGAGAUUGAAAACCAAAUGAAACAAGCCCUUGAAAAUUCUGACACGUCUGAAAGCGACGCUGAUCUCCUUGAGGAAGAUCGGGAGGAUGUCGCUGAUCUCCCUGAGUUCUGA